AUGACCCGUUACUACUUCGGCACAGGUGAGGAGGGCCUGGGCUACUACCGGGACCUGAGGCAGCGGAGGCCAGACAGACCGGUCAAGCCCCCGGAGCCGGUUCCUCCGGCGGGGCCGCUGGUAGAGGAGGUGGAGCCUCGCUAUGCCGAGCUCCCGGCCUAUGCCGCGCGAUAUUUGGAGGAGCCGUGGAACUCCCUCGUUCGGACUUGA